AUGAGUAACCCAAGCUAUCCAGAUAUCAGUUACCCUGAUUUUAAUGUCAAUCCAACUCCAUCUCCAACACCCGCUCCAGCUCCCCAGCCAGGACAGGCUCCACCAAAUUACGAUUAUCCACCAAUGAACGACCCAUAUGGUGGUGCUCCAAGCAAGCCACAAGGAAAUCCAUAUGAUGUUCAACCAACCGAUCCACUUCCACCGCCAAAUACUCCACCAAAAACACCAGCUCCACCUCCACCAGGCGCUUCUGAUCCAUAUGCUCAUCCACCACCACCAGCAGAUCAGUAUGGUGCUCCAGUUCCACCUCCACAAACUACAGAAGGUCCAAAGAUCAGAGAGGGUGAUAUCGGAGGCGUAAAUCUUACAGUAGAAGCUCACAGACACGAUGGAACACAAAUUCCACUCAAGCUUAACUUCAAGGGCAGUUACGCAUUCAGUACAGAUAGCGGAGAGCUUCAACUUCAAGAUUUAAUCUUCGAAACCGAGAUUGAUGGCGUUCCUUACAAGAUUGACUUACCAUGCGCUAUUGGCAAGAUGAAGAAGAGCAAGCAUCACAACAAGGCUGACUCCCAUCCACCACAACCAGCUCCAAAUCAGCCUCCACAAAAUCCAUACGGAGCUCCAAACCAGCCACCACAGAGCCCAUAUCCAGCUCCAAAUCAGCCACCGCAGAACCCAUACCCAGCUCCAGGGCAUACAUCUCCACACUCAUCCCAAGGCGGAAUGCCACCAUACCAGCCACCACAAGCAGGACCAGCUCCAGGCUAUCCACAGCAGCCACCUACAGGUUCUCAUGGCGGAAUGGCUCCUCCACCACAGAAUCCUUAUGGUCAACCACAGAAUCCAUACGGAAGUCAACAACCAGGCCAGCAUCCAUCACAGAAUCCAUACGGAAGCCAAGCUCCUCAGCAGCAGCCAACACGCGAUCAACAUAAGCCUGAUAAUAAGCCACCAUACGGACAACCAGCAUCAAAUCCAUACGGACAACCACAGCAGCCACCAUACGGUCAGUCACAGCAGCCACCAUAUGGUCAGCCAUCUUCAAAUCCAUACGGACAACAAUCUCAGUAUCCAGGACAACAGCCAUACGGCCAAUAUCCUGGCCAACAACAGCCACCUUACGGACAGGGUCAAUAUCCAGGCCAACAGUCUCAGUAUCCUGGACAGCCGCCAUACGGACAACAAUCUCCUUACGGACAGCAGCCACCUUACGGACAGGGUCAGUAUCCAGGUGCUUCUCCUUACGGACAAUACCCAGGACAGCCUUAUGGAGGAUAUACAGGUCAGCCAUACAGAAGAUAA